AUGUCUUGUUUAGCGCUCUCUCUGCAACCGUCCAAUGGAUCCGAUAUUCUUCUCCAGACUCGCGAGUGGUUCCCACCCUCACGCGCUCUCGGCGCUCUUUCCGCUUUCCGUCACACUCGCCGUGCCUUUGCCGCCAACAAGAAUAAAAACCUCAUCCAUGAAGACGCCUACGCCGCCGAAUCCAUCGGUGACGAUCCCCUCGCUGCUUCCAGCGGCCAAGUUAUCGUCGGUGUUGAGAGCCGGUACCGUAUUGUAUAUCGUUUAGUCAACGGAAUUUACGUCCUUGGGAUAACCGUCGCCGAUCAUGAUAACUCCGUUAAUGUAUUCGAGUGCAUUCACAUUGUUAAUCAGGCUGUUAGUGUUGUCGUCACCGCCUGCCGUGGUGUGGAUGUUACGCCGGAGAAGCUUGGUCGGAAAUACGCUGAGAUCUAUAUGGCACUUGACAUUGUUCUUCGUGGCGUUAGUAACAUCCGUCUCGCCGCGAUGCUUUCCACCAUUCACGGCGAAAGUAUAGCUAAGAUGGUGCAUUCUGCCCUUGACUCUGAGAACAAGAUCCGGGGCGCUGAUAAUUGGUCUUCGGCAGAGGUGCAUUCUGUCGAACACCAAGCGAGCAUUGAUGCCUUUGCCAAUGCGAGGUUUGAGUUGCCGCAGGAGACUCUUGAGGCUGGUGAUGAAGUGGUGGCUAGCCUUGCUGCUCCGGUGGCAAGUGAACAGACUGAAGAGAUUCAACCAAAGCAAAAUCAGGAAGAGGCUCAAGUGGAGAAGGAUCCGUUUGCAGCUAGUGAUGCCAUUAACAAACCUCAAGAGCUUGUGAGUGGGUUUAAGAAGACUAAGGAUGGUUCUGCCACUGAUUUGGCUACAGCUUUGGAAGGUCUUGAUGUUACCACAUUGCCACCUCCAGAGGCAACGCAAUCAACCCAUAUAAAUGUGGAGGGAUUUGAAGGGAACUAUGGUGGUGUUGAGUUUGGAAUGGAACAAGCUUCAAUUGGAGAAGCUUUUGAAGGUUUCAAUGAUGCUUGGGGUGGUGGACUAGAUGUUUCGGAGUUUGUGGGUCCAACUAAGGCUCCAAAACCACAAGGUCUUGGUGGAGUUGAGCUCUUGCAGACAGGGCCAGAUGCUGCACCUAAAGCAACACCUGGUGAGGGUGGUGCACUUGAGAACUUGGUGAAGCAAACUGAAAUGAAGGGUCCUGAGAUGUAUAUUUCGGAAGAAAUUAGUGCAGAGUUCAGGGAAUCACUGCUUGCGAGGGUGGGAUUAAUGGGUGUAGUUUACCUCAGAACUUUGCCACCUAAAAGUUCUGGCGGUGAUAAAGAAACCGAAUUCUCAUUCCGAAUUGAGGGAACCAAAGCUGUUAAGAGAUUUGCUUUGCAGAGUUCUCGUGUUAGUAGCCUUGAAAAUGGAAUGUUUCAUGUGAGGACAGCGGCUUCAGAGGAGCCUAUACCUAUUAUGAAAUUUAGUUUGCUUCCAAAGUUUACACCUUUACCUUUGAGAGUUAGACUUAUAAAACGACACACAGGGAGUUUCAUUUCUGUGAUGAUACAAUAUGUUUCAAACCCUGAUUUGCUUGCUCCAUUGACCGAUGUUACAUUCAUUCUGAAACUACCAGUUGACCCAACACUUUUGAAGGUUUCUCCAAAAGCUAUUUUGAAUAGGGUUGAUAAAGAAAUUAAAUGGCUUGUGCCAGAGAUUCCGUUGAAGGGCUCUCCAGGAAGGUUGAGAGUAAGGAUGCCUGUAGAUUCUAACGAAGAUGACGAUGAAGAAAUUGAGGUGGUUGGUUAUGUAAAAUUUUCGGUACAAACAAGUCAGACAUUAUCCGGAGUUUCUAUACGGCCUGCUUCGGAGGGCAAGACAGACUUCUAUGAGGUUAGUGACAAACUUGAAAGUGGGGUUUACAUGUGCAACUGA